AUAUCUCUGUUUCCGACGACGUGCCACCUUCUCGCCUCGCUCGCGCGCACCCAGAAGAGGAAAGGAAGCAGCGCUCGUCCUCCUCCCCGACCCUGUUGGCCUGUUUCCCUACAAAGACGACUCGACUCCUCUUCCGUUCCCAAAUGCCUCAGGGCUCAGCUCACUCCACUCCUCUGCAAUGGCUCCUCUUCCCUUCUUUCUCCUCUUUCUGGUCCUCUUCGUCUUCCGUUCUGCCUCCCAGCCGGACGUCCCUAACCGAUGCGGCGAACGCUGCGGCGACCUCCCAAUCCCGUUCCCCUUCUACCUCAAUGACUCCUGCGGGCCCUCCCUCCCAGUCCUUCGCCUUUCCUGCUCUGCCCCCGACUACGACCUCCGCCUCGCCCUCUCUCCCCUUUCCGCCUUCCGCGUGCUCGCCUUCCUCCCCUCUGGAUCCCUCCUCCUCGACUACUCCUCCCCGUCUACCCUCUCCUGCGAUCGAUGGUACGCCGACGUCAACCGCUCAUUCGGCCUCGACUCCACCCCCUUCUUCGCCGUCACCGCUGACAACCUCCUCCGCCUCUACGAUUGCGAGGAUUCCUCCAUCUGCCGCGCCGGAUGUGAGCGGAUCGGCUCCUCACGGGGCUGCGAUGCCAACCUUACCGACUUCGGCUGUUGCUACCCGCUGUCGGACGGGAGUGUGUGGAAGGUCGGGAGCGGUUUUUCGGUGUUCGGCGAGUUCGGGUGUCGGGGGUUCUCAAGUUGGGCGGUGGUGAGGUCCGCCUCCGGCAAUGGAACGGCUAUUGCUCAGAGGGGGAUCGAAGUCGAGUGGGCGGUGCCGAAGGGGCACGCCAAUGGGACUGAGUGCGCGGCUGGUGCGGCGGUAGUGAACGCCACUGCGGUGCGAGGUGGUUUUAGGUGCGCUUGCGCACCGGGAUUCACUGGAGAUGGUUUUGCUGGGGGCACUGGAUGUCUUAAAUCCUGUAGCAGUGAUCCUCAAGAUGAGAAUAACGUAGGGUGCUGCAAGGGGAGGUUUUGCAGAAAAGGAGUGGUUAUUCUUGCUGGUGUUCUUUCUGUACUUAUUCUACUUGCCGUCAUUGUAUUAUGUUUUUUCUUAAGAAAACUUUUGAAGGAGAACAUGCCCGAUCUCGAUCCAUCCUUUCUUCCCAAUAUUAUUGGAAAGGCAUGUAACACCCGUCAGUUUACAUACAAAGAGCUGAAUGAAGCUACACGAGGGUUUGAAAACGAUAAAAAGCUUGUUGAUGUUAUCGAUGGCACAGUUCACUUGGGGAGACUGAGCGAUGGCACAAAUGUGGCUGUUCAAAAAUUUAAAUGCCAGGACCAAAAAAGCCUCAGAAAAGUUUUGCACAGAGCGGAGAUUCUUUCUCAUUGUUCUCAUAGAAACAUUGCCCGGAUCAUUGGGUUUUGCUUUGAUUCAGCUGAGACUCUACUUGUAGUACAUGAGCAUUUCUCUAAUGGUACACUUGAAGAACACUUAAGACAUGAAAGAGGCAUUGGCCUCAGUUGGUACCUCAGAAUGAAUAUUGCUUCCGAAAUUGCAAGUGCCCUCGCAUACCUGCAAUACGAAAUAUCAAUACCGAGCUAUAUUGAAGAUCUCAAGACCAGUGACAUACUUAUAGACACUUAUUAUUCUGCCAAAGUUACUGGUUUCAAGUUCCUAAAAUCUGGACUUGUCAAUGGAUCCUGCUCAUACGUGGUCUCUCAUGAUACUUAUGCCAUCUACAGCCUUGGUCUUAUAUUACUUGAACUAAUCAUGGGCUCCAAACCUGGAAAUCUUUCAGAUACAAUCUUGCCUAAGAUUGAAAGUAACACAUUACAUGAGAUUGUGGAUCCAUAUCUCAGAUUUCAUGAGCAGCCGCCGCUUCACCGUGAGCAGAUUGAAAAGGCGGUAAACCUUGCCGUUCAGUGCUUGUCCAGUAAGGAAAAUGGCGGACCGUGCAUGGUUGAUGUGGUGAAGGAGCUGAUAUUUAUCAUUCAAGACAACAUGUGCAGCAGUAGCAGAAUAGAGCCUAAACUGGAGGUGACAUUUUCAAACUCUAGCCUUCUGCAGAUGGUGUCGAUGUCUCCUGAUAACAUGCAUGUUUCCUUUGUCCAGAAUGCAAAUUAGAACAUAUCAGAGAUGACCGUUCAUCUGAAAUGUGUAUUCCUUUUGAGGUACUGUAAGCAUGUAUGGAUGAACAUGAUCUUUCUAAUGUGAAUUAAUUUUCUACUGCCA